AUGAAUACUUACGUAUGGAUUCAGCUUAUCAUAUUGAUAAUCUGUGUCAUAAUAGUUACAUGUAAAGAUCAUUAUGAAAUUUUGGGUGUGAAACGAGAUGCUAGUGAUAAGGAAAUCAAACGCCGAUUUCGUGAAUUAGCCUUACAAUAUCAUCCAGAUAAAAAUAAAGAUCCAAAAGCUGAAGAUAAAUUUCGUUCCAUAGCUGAAGCCUACGAUAUAUUGAGUGAUACAACAAAACGACAACAAUACGAUAGAUAUGGCGAUCAAUCAUCGAACUCAAAUGGUUACUCACCUUUUCAUUUCAAUAUGAACGACUUUUUUCAACAUUUUGAUUCGGAAUCAUCUCAUUUUCACCACGCCGACCAUAAUCAUUUUGGUUUUAAUUUCGACUCCCUUUUCGACGAUGAAGAUGUUGAUGAUGGAUACGAAACGGAAUACUUUUCGGAUGGAAAUCAUUUUAAUUUUGGCAGCCACUUAUUUGAAGCAAGUAACAAUAUGUAUGUACAUUCGUCGGAUUCGUCUCAAAAAAAUUGUCGAACUGUUACAACAAAACAAGGAAAUACAGUAUCGACUUAUACAGAAUGCUUUUAA